GCAUACAUGCACAGUGUGAGUAUGUGUUGUUUCUAACAGUGAGGUAGGAGGAGAGGAGGAACAGGAGAAGGAGGAGGAAGGGGUGCUUCCUCUUCAGUCUGGGGCUGAGCUGCUGAUGUAUCCCAGCAGCCCCGGUCCGUAGCAACAGGAAACCUUGGUAUAAAAAGCCGCGUCGUAGGGGGAACCCUCCUAAGUGUUUCUCAGCCGCAGCAUGACCAGGACCGAGAGCCUGAGAGUUUGGACCUAACAAGACAAUGCCCAGCCUAAUCAUCGAACCACUAAACACGCAAAACUUCAUCAUGGACAGAGAUGACAGGAAGAGAAACAAGAACAUCGGAAAGAACUUUAUGUGCCGACUCCAGUGCAUGUUCUCACACUCGUCAAGCUCUGAGAGGCUAAGUUUAGAAGAUACCCAACAAUGGUCACAGUCACUGGAAAGGCUUCUGGAGUCUAAAUAUGGACUGGCCACUUUUCGCAACUUUCUAAAAUCCGAAUACAGCGAUGAGAAUAUUGAGUUCUGGCUCACCUGUGAGGACUACAAGAAGAUCAAGUCUUCAUUCAGAAUGUCCUCAAGAGCCAAGAAGAUUUAUGAGCAGUUCAUUAAAGCAGAAUCUCCUAAAGAGAUCAACAUCGACUAUCACACCCGAGAGCAGAUCAAAAGGAACGUCAAGACUCCCACCAUGCACUGCUUUGACGACGCUCAGAAGAUAGUUUACGGGCUGAUGGAAAGAGACUCGUACCCGCGGUUCCUCCGCUCGGACAUUUAUAGAACUCUCCUGGAAAACCUCGCCGCCGACGCAACGAAGGGAUGAAAGCACGGUCAGGAGGGGGUGGGGGGAGAGAGAGAACGGACAUUAAACCCAUAACUGGAAUGUUUGAGCUCCUUCAGGAGGAAGGACCGAACACAAAGAAGGAAGGAGACUCAACACGGACACGUACGGAGGCCCCGCGCCUUGGCGUCGUCACUAGAUCCAGAAGCAAACUGUGCCUUAGUCCCACGUCAUGGGAGGAUCCCAACACCGAGCACAUCACACCUGAGGACUGUGUACCAAGAAGAAUAAACAGCUUUAAUGAUUAUGACCCUGUAGUGUGUGUUUGCACUUGGAUAAGUCUGUGUACGCAGGCGCAUUGAACACUUUCCACAGUGAAUCAAUCAGCGAGGCGACUGAGGCCCGCUCUGGCUGUGGAGCUGCGUAAGCAAACCAUGCAGUGGACCUCCUUUGGCCUUCUUUGCAGAGGUGUUUCCUGUGCAGAAUAAGAUAGAGGAUGUAGGAUGCAACGGUCACACUCGAUCGGCUGUGUGUGGGUGGGUGUGUGUGUGUCUCAGAGAGAGAGUGAGAGAGUGUGUUUAGUUGUAGCUUUAAACUGCCACUGACACGGAAUAAGCUGUCGCAAAAAGAGUUGGCCAAUUAUCUAAUGACAGCUCUAAGGAAGACAACAAAUCUAUAGCGAACAGACUCAGUAGUGAUAUGUCAUCCUUAGUAAAGGGUUGCAGAAGGCCACUUAGCUCUGCAAGAGGUGUUCAUGUACACUUUAAAAAGGAGAUUUUUCUCCUUUUUUUUUUUAGAUUGGAGCGAUAUGGGGUUUUAAAAACUGAUACUGCUAUUUUUUUUUUUUUUUUAGAUUUAAGCUGCCAAUGGUUGAUAUUUUGUGCAAAUAUUUAAUAUAAUUUUCAAGCUAAAAAACUAAGUAAAAAUAGCUGGCAUAUUUGUCGCAGUAAAAACCCAGGUUAAAUAUAUUUUAUAGGAUAAAAAAACAUUAUCCAGCACAGUUUUUUGUGUUGAAUCUGAACCAGAUUCUGCACUUCUAAAAAGUUCCCUUUUUUAUGGCCAGUGGCAUCUAAUUUAAUUCCUCAGCACACGACUACUGGCCGUGAUCUUAAAAUUCUUAAAGCACUGAAGUGUCAAGAGUUGUGAUUUUUAAUGUAAUAAACUAUUUGAGUGGAAUUAUUAUAGAGAUAGGAUGUUUCACCUUGCAUGAUAGGCUGUUAAAACUCCUUGUAUACCCUGAGAAUAUGCCUUAUUAUUGCUUUCAGAAGCAUGUUGUUUAAAUGUAUUCAUAGGGGUUAAUAGUUAAGUUAACUUAAAAGUAAAACAAUGGAUUAUUUAUUGUUGUUUUGUCACCAUUUGAGUACAACCUUGUUGCAGUGUUGGAGUGCUUGUUAAAAUGUUAGUGAUUUGAAUGACAUUAAAUUAUUUAAAUUGC